ACCACAUCCACCAAAGACACCUGAUAUGCCAGAAUGGGUAGCCAUGGGAACAUCUGAUGUGUGGCGCAAUCAAGUUGAAAAAAGGAGCCUUUAUUGCUUGGCUCCACAAGCAGCUGACAGCUCUCUCCUUUUUCCCCCACCCCUGUCUCUGCACUGUGCCAGAUUAGCAGAGGAGUGAAGGAGCAGAAAGAGGAGCGAGAAGAGAGGAUUUGCCGAUCGGAAGAGAGACAGACGGGGGCGAGGGACCAUGGCUGCUCUCUCCGCCUUGCUGAAGACCUGGGUCGUCCUGCAAACCCUGUGUCUGGCUCUGGCACAAGUGAGGGGUCCGCCCGGACCUCAGGGUCUACCAGGUCCUCCUGGCAUUCCUGGCUCGGAUGGCAUUGAUGGGGAGAAAGGACCGCUUGGUUCCCCUGGCCCACCGGGACAAAAGGGAGAGCCAGGAGAGCCCGGCCCUGAUGGACCCCCCGGAGAGAACGGCAUUGACGGUUUGAUUGGAGCAAAAGGUGAUCGCGGACAGAUCGGUAGCCCCGGCCCAAAGGGUCAACCAGGUUCAAGCGGUGAGCCUGGACGUCCAGGAGUCGGCCUUCCAGGUCUGGGUGGUGCCCCAGGGCCAAUUGGCCUUCCAGGUCAAUUUGGACCACCUGGACCAAAGGGUGUUUUGGGACCACCAGGUCCUCCAGGACUCCCUGGACCUCCAGGCAAACCGGGUCCUCCAGGCAAGUUUAUUGGUCUCGAGGAGGGUAGUGCAGACUUGCAGUGUCCUCUCAACUGCCCAGCAGGACCCAAAGGCCCUCAGGGACUGCAGGGUGUAAAAGGACACAAAGGGCGUGCCGGCGUUCUCGGAGACCCCGGCAGCAUAGGAAACCUGGGACCCAAGGGAGAUGUUGGUAUCUCUGGGGAGCAGGGCAUCCCAGGACCCCCGGGUCCGUUGGGUCUGCGGGGUUAUCCAGGAAUGAUGGGUCCUAAAGGAGAGGCCGGCCCUCGCGGAUACAAGGGCAUCGUUGGACCUGUAGGAAUUCCUGGACCUCCUGGUGAGGAGGGACCUCAGGGGACACUUGGAGACUCGGGAGAAAAAGGAGACAAAGGCGGCCAAGGCAUCCAGGGCCCACAGGGGGCUGUUGGCAAAAAGGGGGAGAAUGGUCUUCCGGGUAUCGAUGGAAAAGAUGGCACACCUGGCAUUCCUGGAAUCAAGGGGGCUCCUGGGCAACCCGGAAUACCUGGCCCUCCUGGUCCUGCGGGGACAGCAGGUUUGCCUGGCACGCCGGGGGGGAAAGGGGAACCUGGAAGAAAGGGGGAACCUGGACCAAGGGGCCACGGGGGCAUGCCUGGUACUCCUGGUCCUUUGGGUGAACCAGGUAUUCCUGGAGAGCCAGGUAUGGAAGGAGUUCCUGGACCUAAGGGUGACAGAGGACAGCGGGGACCAGUGGGGCCACAGGGAUCAGUUGGCAAGCCCGGGAGCAAAGGAGAAAGAGGGCCUAUUGGUAUCCCAGGCCCACAGGGACUUACUGGGACUAAAGGGGAUCAGGGCUUCCAAGGAAAAGUUGGUCCGAAGGGAGACAUAGGCGACCCGGGUGUUGAGGGAUUGGCUGGCGAGAAAGGCGAAAAGGGUUUGUCUGGUGAACCCGGGCCCAAAGGACAGCAAGGAAUUAGGGGGGACCCCGGACACAACGGCCCCACCGGAGACCCCGGGAAACCAGGGGAUCCGGGGCCGCCUGGGCUGCCGGGUCCAAGGGGACUCAACGGAGAGAGAGGAGUACCCGGCGUACCGGGCAUUGCUGGACCAGCAGGGCGUGACACAUCCGACCAGCAUAUUAUUGACGUGGUGCUAAAGAUGUUGCAGGAAAGACUGCAGGCUGUGGCAGUGAGUGCCAAAAGGGUUGUGCUUGGUGGUGCCGGUGUAAUGGGACCUCCCGGGCCUCCUGGUCCACCGGGGGCACCUGGCCCCCAGGGGCCACAUGGCUUACCUGGCACACGUGGUAUCCCUGGUAUGAUUGGAGGACCUGGGCAGAUUGGAAACACUGGGCUAAAAGGAAGGAGAGGACCAAAGGGAGAGAGAGGAGAUCUAGGUAAACCUCACCCAGGUCAACCAGGACCUCCAGGGAUACAAGGUCCUCCUGGCGUUGAUGGUGUGGCUAGAGACGGCAGGCCCGGCGAGAGAGGACCUCAGGGAGCAGCUGGUGAGCCGGGUCACCCUGGUAAGGCAGGGCCCGCGGGUCUUCCCGGGUACUGCGAGGCGGCAAUGUGUCUGGCGGCAUCGGCGUACACCUCGCCGAGAUUACAAGAGGCGGGGACAAUCAAAGGACCCAAUAUUUAGAGACCCCCCCCCCCCCCCCCCCCUCUCUCUCUCUAAAUCAACUGUUGGGGGGAGGGAGAGGAAGAGGAAAGAGAGAGACUCUCCUCAUUUGGACAACAUCAGGAAAUGAGAGUUGGGGGGCAAUGAUAGGGUGGCGACUGGCUGUUUAGCUCCCCCUCUAUCCUUCAUCUCUCCUAGAUAUUACAACUGGAAGUUUUUUGACUGGUGGGAUAUCAUGAUCUUAAUCCCACACAUCACCAUGACAACAGCAGCUCAUAAGCCACCCACAUCCUCCAGUGUUUUUUUUUUUUUUUUGGAUGAUGUCAGUGUCAGUCCCGUCCAAAUGCCACACUCCUUUCCCUGGCAGUGAGACGGGAGCAGAUUCAGACUGAACCUCCACGUCUCCUACCUACCGACACACUGCCUACAAGCCGAGAGGAUGCUGAGAGAAAAAAAAGAAAGGUGAAUGGUGCUUUUCUUUAACAACACGAUCACUUUAGAUGCGAUAACUUGUGUGUUCUUGAACGUCAUCGUACCUCUCUUCCGACUGAGACGUCAAACCUUAAAAAUGUACAAUAAGGACCAAUAAAUGAUUGCAGCCCAAGUUUUCACUCAGUACUGUAUUAUGAAAUGUAUCUCCUGAUCUGUAAGCUUGAGUGAAAUCCUUGAUUUAACUCAUGUAAAUUGCUUCCCCCCCACCUUCCCUCACCCCUCCGCUUUCCACCUAAGUCUCAUUUUAGAACCUAACGACAAGCUUUAUCUCUUCCCCUUGUUGCCAGGCAACAGCAUAUCCCAAUAGGCACUCCCAUCUCCCACAAUGCAGUGCUGUAAAUCUUUGUAAAUGUGUGUUGAUUAUUAUGUGCAGGAAUACCGUGCAGAAGUCUCAGAAAUGAUGACUCGUCCUCGAAACAAUUAGCUAUUGGUUCACUUGUGCUUUCCAUGCCACUGUCAAGAUUUCCACAGCAUUACUGAUUUAUGUCAUUAAAAAGAAGCUAUUUAUUGUUCUUGAUAAUAAUCACCUGUAAAGAGAAAGAGGGUUUACUUCUGGAUGUUCAUUCUUCCCAAACCAAUAAAGAGGAAAUGUUUUAUAAAAUCCAA